AUGGCCAACAUGGACAUUGACGCUACGCGCCGCAACAAGAAGCCGCGCCCUUUGAGCGACUCUGAGCGCGAGCGCCUGGACGAGUUCAUCGAGAGCAUCCACUACUCGUCGAGAUAUUCCGACGACCACUUCGAGUACAGACACGUGCAGCUGCCCAAGCAGAUGCUGAAGGCGAUACCAAAGGAAUACUUUGACGGUUCGCGAGGCACUCUCAAGCUUUUGUGGGAGGACGAGUGGAGAGCAUUGGGCAUUACCCAGAGUCUGGGAUGGGAACACUACGAGGUCCACGAGCCCGAGCCGCACAUUCUGCUCUUCAAUGCACUAGGAGUCACUGCCCACGAUGAAGACGACGGUGAUGACUUCCAUGAUGCUCGACUGCAAUUAGACCUUGUCUCCUUCAAAUUUCUGAUCGAAUCGCAAUUCAAGCCACGACUCCGUCAGAGCGAUCCACGUACUCAACCCUCUCCACAACCACAGAGCACCGCUGGAGCUUGA